AGGUUUUCUGUUCCUCUUUUUGCAUAUCGUUAAUUUCCUAUAUCCUUUUCAUAGGAUGGGUGGGGAUAAAAGAGACUACCUUGUGCAGGUUGUCUAUCUUGUGCUUGCACUCUGUUUCCUUCUCUCCAGUCAGCAUUUUUCCUCUUUUCUAGAAGUCAAUCCAAAAAAGAAAUCUGACUAGCAGAAAUUUCCCCCACUUCUCCUCUAUCUCUGGUUUUUCCCCAACUUGGAAGUGGCUGGGGUUUGUUUGAGAUUUCUUUUGGGAAUGAGGUGAAAUGCUGUGUUAGGUACUCUGUCUCAAAUUUCCCUUGUCCUGCUAUUUAACAUUGGCCUGCUAAACCCAGGGUUGUGAGUUCAGUCCUUGAGGGGGCCAUUUAGGGAUCUGGGGCAAAAAUUGGGGAUUGGUCCUGCUUUGAGCAGGGGGUUGGACUAGAUUAUCUCCUGAGGGCCCUUCCAACCCUGAUCUUCUAUGAUUUCAGUCUGUAGAUCCUGUUUUUAGGCUGUUAGGUGUCCCUAAAAAUUAUGUGCACAGAAGCUGUUCAGUAUCUGAACUCACCUGGCUAACUUCCCCCUCUUGCUGGAAAGGGAGGACCAUUGUCUAAUGGUUACAGCAGAGAUCUGGGUCCCUGUCUACACUAAGGAAGUUUUUAAACAUGUCCCUUCAUUGCUAACACUGGUUCAGCUCCACCUGUAUUAGCAACAUUAGGAGCCCUCGUGUAGAUGGGCUACCCCUGUUGUAAGCACUCUGUCAAUUCCACCUACUCUGGACAUUCCCCAACCAAGGGCAUAAAAUCCUCCCUCACUCCCUUCAGCUGUUCUUUCUGCAAGGUUGUGGGACUAAAUCUUCUCCUUGAGCUGGCAUUUGUAUUGGGGUUAGGGUGUUUUUAGUCUAAAUUAUAUACAUAGUAGAAACUAGUUGAUCUUUUUUUUUUCUUGCUUUUAGGUUUGGAUUUUUUCUGACCAUUCAGUUCUCUCUGCUUUGAGUGAGGGGAAGCGGACAGUUGAUUUCCCCUAAAGAUGCAGUUUUUCGGCCGACUUGUAAACACCAUCAACAAUGUCAGCAACCUGUUUUCAAACCCUUACCGGGUGAGGGAGGUGCCUCUGGCAGAGUAUGUGGCUCACACACCCCUGAGAGAGGAAGACAGGGUGAUCCUGUACAAGAAUAAAAACGCUCGCUUCUGGGACUGCCUGCUGGUGAACCCCCAGAGUAAGCUGGUUGCCUUUCGGCUCUUCCGGUUAGACAAUGAGACGGAAGCCGUUGAGCACUUUGAGCAGUAUGCCAGGCGGUUGCGCCCCUUCUACGAGAGCUCGCCACAACCCCUGCAGCUGGAGGUCCUCCAGCAACUAAGUGACUGUUUCCGUAACCACCCCCACUGGUCCCUGGCGCAUGUGGCAGUGGAGACAGAGCUUCCAGGGAGUUUCCGACACAAUCGCAUCCUAAGCUGUGUGAACAGCACAGAGUGCGAUGAUGGCUGUACCCCACUGCAGCUUGCCUGCCAGAAGGGAAACGUGGAGUGUCUGUGUGAGCUGGUGGAGUGCCAUGCCCGGCUGGAUGUCACUGACAAAAAUGGGGAGACAGUCUUUCACUAUGGUGUCCGAGGAAGUAACCCUGAGAUCAUAAAGGUCCUGGGCAAAAAGCCAUCUGUUGGCUUGAACCACCUGAGCAAUCAGGGGCAGACGCCUCUGCACCUAGCCUGCCAGCUGGGCAAAGAGGAUGUAGUUCUGGCUCUACUGAAAUGCCAUGCCAAGUGCAAUGUUAUGGGGACACUGGGCUACCUCAUUCACACUGCUGUGAAGUACUCCCAUCAGGGGUGUGUGCGGGCCCUUCUUGAAGUGGAUGUCAAUCAAGUUCAGUUCAAGGACCCCUGCUACGGAGCAGCUGUGCUCCACUGGGCCAAAAACGCUGAGAUGACCCGGAUGCUGAUUGAGUGUGGCUGUGACGUGAAUUCUGUCAGCAAGACGGCAGACAUGGCUUUGCACAUCAUGGUCAAGCGGGGGCGUUUUGACAGCGCAAUGGUGCUGCUGACGCAUGGGGCUCUUGCUAAUGCCAAGGGGAAGGAUGGCAACACCCCACUGCACCUGGCCAUGAAGCAAGACCACCUGGAGAUGAUCAAGGCCCUCAUUGUGUUUGGAGCAGAUGUUGAGAUCGCCAAUGAGUUUGGAGAGACCUCAGGGCUGGUGGCUGCCAGGACCAGCAAAGGUCCUAACCGGAAGGUGCUCUUAGGCCUGCUGCAAAUGGUAGGGACGGAACGCUGCCACCCACCUAGCCCCGAAUCCCCCCACAUGGCAUCCACAGCAUCACUACCGCUGUUCACCUCCCCGGAAAGACCACCACUUCCACGGAACAACGGCCGCAGUUUAGGUUACGACAGCAUCAUCCAUAUUUCCACUGCACUUGGCCACUUGCUGAAGACACCGGAUGUCGUGGACUCUACCAGUGAUGCAAAGAGAACGUACGAUCGCCUCUUGUGUCUGGAUGGAGGGGGCAUCCGGGGCCUGGUGCUCAUCCAGCUUCUCAUCGCUAUUGAGAAGGCUGCUGGCCGACCGAUCAGGGAACUCUUUGACUGGAUCGCAGGGACUAGCACAGGAGGGAUCCUGGCACUGGCUGUUGUACACGGGAAGCCGGUGGAUUACAUGCGCUGCCUGUACUUCCGCAUGAAGGAUGAGGUGUUCCGAGGGUCGCGGCCAUACGAAUCGGAGCCCCUGGAUGAGUUCCUGAAGAGGGAAUUUGGAGAGCACACCAAAAUGACAGACGUCCAGAAACCGAAGGUCAUAGUAACAGGGACCCUGUGUGACCGGCAACCGGCUGAGCUCCACCUCUUCCGGAAUUACAAGGCCCCAGCGAUGAAAAACAAGCCUGAUAUGAAGACAGCGGACCCCUUCAGACCACUGACCAAUCCAGAAGACCAGCUUGUGUGGCGAGCUGCCCGCUGCAGUGGUGCCGCCCCAACGUACUUUCGACCAAUUGGGCGUUUUUUGGAUGGUGGACUGCUGGCCAAUAACCCCACCCUGGAUGCCAUGACGGAGAUCCAUGAGUACAACAAGUCCCUAAGCCAGAAGGGGCAGAGCCAGAAGGUGCGGAAAUUGGGAGUGGUGGUCUCCCUUGGGACAGGGAGGCCUCCACAGGUCCCUGUGAGCUCCGUGGAUGUCUUCCGCCCCUCCAACCCUUGGGAGCUGGCCAAAACUGUCUUUGGGGCCAAAGAGCUGGGCAAGAUGGUGGUGGAUUGUUGCACUGACGCGGAUGGCCCAGCUGUGGACCGUGCCAGGGCUUGGUGCGAGAUGACAGACACCCUCUAUUUCCGGUUCAGCCCACAGCUGCACUCGGACGUGAUGCUAGAUGAGGUGAAUGACGCAAUCCUAGUGAACGCACUCUGGGAUACUGAGCUCUACAUCUGCCAACAGCAGGAGCAGUUCAAGCAGCUGGUGCAGGAGCUCCUCACCCGAUGACUCUCUGAAGACUCGAAGGCACCAGUGCCCAAUCCUGACAGUAGUGACUUAGGAAGUGGGCAAGGAGCAACAGCCUUUGUAGAAGGGUCAGACUAGGGGUUGUUCUUGCUGUCAGACCAAGACAUUGGUGGGAAGAAUUCAGGGAUCAGCAAUAUUAAAUAUGAAGCAGUACCCCCGCCUCAUGCACGCAUGCGGUGACAGCUGGGAAUUUACAACUGGUAUGGAGGCCUGAGUCCCCUGUCCUCAGAGUGCAGUCUCUGGUACCCCCCCAGGAAUGGGCAUGUUCCCUAAAUCACCCUGUCCUCAAUCUGACAGAGCAAGAGCAGACCUCACACUGCUUCCUACCUCCUGAGCAGACCUUCUGUAAGGUAACCCUGAACGGAUCUCCCUUCCCCUAGAAUAUCUGUGGUGCUGGCCCUUCCCACCCUGGAUAGCACACAGAAAGUGAGACACAUGCACUCUUUAUCCACUCUUGCAAAUGUAUGUGUGUUGUGGAGGGAACUGGAGUCGCUACCCCAUGUGGUCUGGGUGGAGAAGGGGCUAGGAAUAGGGUAAAGUCCCUGCAGUAGUGUGGACCCAAAAUAUUGUGAUUGUUCUUUUGUGAUCCAUUAUCAGCUUUGGGGUGAGAGAUGGGGGAAGAUCUUCCCUUGAUCUGUUAUAGCCUGAGACUGCUGCCCUUUCCCUUUCUAUUGCUUCAGUGCUCUUCCCUCCCUCCCCGCCCCAGUGGCUCCUCCCAUUUUUCCCUCCCAGUUCCCAGCAGCUUCUGGCCACUAGGGUGGUGUGAGCAGACCUGGGAGGAUGGGGAUGAGGCUUCUGGGUUUUCAGUGAAUGUUUCCUGCUGCCUGGCCUGUGUGAUAGUCCUCACGCAUGGGCUGAGAUGUGGAAACCCUUCCCCUCCCUUCCCUUCCAGGGGUCACAUGAUGAGGAGCAAAAUUCUUGCUUCAGCCAUGGAACAAAGAUUUAACCAAAUUUAUUGGGGCUAUUUAUUGGCUGAUAACACUGAAUAAAAAGAUAACGAUGACUUAAAUACUGUAUUCUCUGUGAUCGUUUCCUGCUGAGGAAUCUGACCCCUGGUACUAGAUGGAUUUCUGCUAUUUCAUUCUCCACCUCCCCAGCUCUUCCUCCUGUGUUGGGAAUUCCAGUGUGCUCUUAAAAGACACUCAUUGUUUCUGCAUUUUGUUUAGUUUUUGAUAGAGGUGAAUUUAUUUGCCUGCAGGAACCAUUUGGAGUUCACGGUUCGUCGGGUGAUCUCCCACGUUUUCUCUCUCUCUCUCUUUUUUUAAAUCUCGCAUUGUUUUUGCCUUGCAAAACAAACUAACCAGUUGUGGUGGUGUUGCAAAGAGAGGGUUCAGUGUGAAACUUACAAGGUGUGAAAUAAAGGGAGGUUUGAAGUCCA